GUUAGCGCGUUUUUUGAUAUUGGUGAAAACUAUGCUAGUUGACCGAAGAUGGAUAAUAUCAUAAAUGAACAUGAAAAUAGCCCACUCCAGUCUGAAGAUGACAUUUUACAAUGUGAUAGAUAUGGUUUUCGUGGUGGCCAGCAGUAUACAAAUCCAGAGGAAGAAGAUCGUGUUCCCAUCGAGGUUAUACGUUCACGAGAGUUAAAAUGGAGGAAAAUGUGUUCUAAUUGGAGUUUAUGGUAUUUUAAAUACCAUCAAAAGCUACGUGAUCGAUGUCGAAAAGGAAUUCCUGAUUCAUUUCGUUGUGAAGCAUGGCAACGACUUUGUGCAAGCCCAAUGGUACUUGUUCAACGUCAACGAAUUACAUGUGAUGAAACUGUCGAGACAAAAACAACAACUACAGGAACUAGUCAAAGUGUUGAUCAUAGUAGUAAAAGUAAAUUUCCUAGGCAUCGUUUUGGCACAUUAUCAAAUCGAACAAAUUUUAAAAGUUUACAAAUGGUUAUCACUUCUCCAAGUUUUCGUACUAGUCAAAUUAAAGAAGACGAUAGACGCAAACUUUUAUUUCGAAAAUUGCACGGCACUGACAGUACUGUGUUAAGUCAAGGGUCUAGUUUCCAUUCUUUACGCAUUAGUAGGGUUAAAGAUGUUAUUCCUGAUUCACAUGAUAGCUGUCGAUAUCCUUCAGCACUACCUCUUUCCUUACAAAAUCACGAGAGUCCAAAUACUCAAAGAAUAUCACCGUGGCAGCGAAAUACUUUCAAUAGCGAAUCCAUUCGAUCAAUAUCCGGUACAACUCAUAGCAGUCUUCAUAAUUUACCUUCUAGUGCAUUGAACAAUGUUAAUUCUUCAAUGUUUAACCAAUCAGCAUUACCUAAUUCAGGUUAUUCAACAAUUGCAUCUGUUCAUGGCAAAUCAUGUUCACCAGAAUCACAUAUUGAUACUACUGAUAUGAUAAAAUCAAAUCAUGUUACAACUACUAGAAAUUCCGGUGGUUAUGCUAGUCUUAGUACGACAUCUUGUACAGAUAGUUCUAGUACAAAUCAUUUUCAAAACGAAAUUCAAAUUCACGAAGCAUCAUCCACAGAUUCAUGUACUUCCAUUUUAAUAUCAUCAUCUGUUGGAUCGUCAUCAUCACCAAUUUUACAUCGAAUUACACGAAAUAUUGACGUGUUUUCUAACCAAACAAGUGGUGAUAUUCUAACAGAAUACGAUAAUGAUGAUCCCAGAGCUACACUUGUCCCAUCGAUUGAUUUAGAUCCAGAGAAAUUAUAUACAAAUUAUUGCUUACAAGAAGGGACAUCAGUUAAUUGUGAUCAAAUACGUCGUGAUAUUGAUCGCCAAUUUCCUUUCCAUGAAUUAUUCAGUGAAAAGGGAGGUCAUGGUCAAGAAAGUUUAUACACCUUACUAAAAGCUUAUACAAUUAGACAUCCGGAGAAAGGUUACUGUCAAGGUCAAGCCCCACUAGCAGCUGUCCUACUCAUGUUUAUGCCGGAAGUUGAUGCCUUUUGGACUUUCAAUGAAAUUUGUGAACGUUAUUUAGAAUCUUAUUAUGAUGAUGGUCUUGAACGAGUACAAAUUGACGGGGACGUCUUAUACGCGCUUCUUAAGUCGAUACAUCCUCCAAUAUAUAAAUUUUUACGAAAAUAUUCAGUGGAACCAAAUCUUGUCGUUUUGGAAUGGUUCAUGUGCGCUUACACACGAACUUUACCUUGGACAGCUUUAUUAAGAAUAUGGGACUUGUUCUUCUGUGAUGGUAAAAUCAUAUUAUUUAAAGUGGCUAUUGUUUUAUUGAAUCGUUUAUUUGGACAUCCUUCUCACCGUAAAUCAUGUCAAGGACUUGACGAUAUUCUUAUGAGAUUACGUGAAGUAUCAUCUGUUGUUGGCAAAUUGGAUAAUUUCAUCCGUGAAGUUGUUCGAGUCCCUAUAACUGCGAAAGAAUUAAGUCAACAAAUUGUUCGACAAUCUCAAAAAUGGGCAGCUAAUCAUCAGAAACAAUCUUAGGCACUUAAGUUCAUCAAUUGAUUUAAAUAAUUGUCCAUUACAUUAAAUGAAAAAAUAACUAAAAGAACAGUUGAUCAUUUACACGUUUACUCAGAUUAAGUCAGCAUGGUACAAAUGAAGUAAUCAACGCCAUAAAAUGAUAUAUAUAUAUAUAUAUAUAUAUUUCCUCUUCGAACACUGAAUUACUCUUCAUUUGUUCUUCUACAAACAAAGAAUAUGUUAACAAUUUUCCUUUCUUUGUUAAGAAUAAAUAAUCAUUACGACUUUCAUACACUUUCUGGUGCAAUGUACUGUAUUUACUCUGCCCAAACUGCUUUCACUGGAUGAAAUUCCCUACUUCAUGGUAAACACUUAAUCAUAUCACAAGUGAAAUGGCUUUUUUCUCAAUAAAUAGAUAGACUCCUCCCUUGUAUUUACCACAUCAUUUCUCAUUUGAAAUGUCUUUUGUGCAUAUUGUUGUUGUCCUUUUUCUUCUUCCUUUUAUCCGAACUACCUAUUUACUUUACACAUGGUUAUUGUUUUUCAACGGACGUUAAAUUACCACUCUCUCAGACUUAUGCAUCAGGGUGCAGGGUCGAGAGUAAUAUCUAUCUAGACACAUGAGAUGGAAGCUUUUUUAUGAAUAUAUACAUAUAGCUUCACCCUUUCGGCUUUUACGUAUCUUAAUUUCUCUCUUUCUUGUUUUAUUUUCGAAUUUAAUCAACCUACUCCAACUCUAACCUUUGAUCACUAUGCACUGUUUCGUGUUCACGUAUGUGUAUCACUACUGUACGACUGAAAUAAUUAUCUUCAUUGUGCAUUUAUUUCUCGUAAAUACUACAAUUCGAAUUUAUACAUGUCACCUCCUUACUAAUGAUAAUUAUUACUCUUACAAAAAGCUUUUGAUUAUCUGUUAUAAAGAUUCAAUUAAACAACUAUGUACAUAAAAGUUUUAUUUUUAAAAUCGUUUACUUCCUAUUUGUCAAGUUAUCUUAAUUUUUUUAUGUAUCAUAAAUAAUGUGAUACAAGUUUUGCUUGCGUGUUGUUUUUUUUCUCUCUAAUUAUUCUGGCUUAUAUAUUCUUUGUAAGAAUAUUUAUUAUCAGACUUAUCGAAAUUUGUCAAAAUGAAGUUCACUAGUGUAGUAAAUUGUUUGUUUUAUAUUAAUGAAAGCAAAUCUAAUCCAGCCAAGAAAGCUAAAGUUAUCGAAUAUACCUUAUAAGAGAAGGAGAUUUCUUCUUUGUACAGUGUACUGAGAUCUGG